AUGGCGACAACACGGGCGGCCACUUUCUCGGCGAAGAUCCGUACACUGUCCGAAUUCCAAAUCAGAUUAUCAACGAAUCAGCAGCCACCGUCGAAUGCUGAAAUCAUUACAACGCUCAGAUACUUUCAACAAACACUUAUCGGGUUCCUCAAAGACUUUCCUGCCACUCAGACCAACUACUGCGAGCGAUUCUCAUCGGACGCGGCACGAUGGAAUUUAUAUCCAAAUCUCAAUUAUUCGGCACUUUAUUAUGCAAUAGUCAAUCUUUUAGACGUUUUCCCAUUAAUUACAAGUCAACCACAAGCAAUAGGAGAAGCAAUUCUAGACACAAUAAAAGCACUUAUGAUAUUUCUGGAACGGGAUUCACUGGAGCAACUGCCACUUUUGUUAGCAAGUCAACUGGGUGUAUUUCCAAGGGAGUUGGAUAAACAGAUCGUCCAUCUCCUCGCCGACUGUGUUUUUCCAUUCGCAAUAAACGACGAAACUUAUGUCAAGCUAAGUGUACCCGGUGUGCUUAUGCUGGUUUUACAGCAAACACAUGAUCCUAGUCUGCACACUUGGAUCGUCGAAUCAGCAAUGAAUUGUUCCCAACGUGUUUAUCAAGAUCUCCUUCAAGUAAUAGCGAAAGGAACAUGUGAGAGUAGAGUGGCGGCUGCCAACCUACUCUUUCACUAUUGGCCAUUCCCAAAUCCACAAAUUUUGCAUAGGAAAACUAUACAGUACCGAGUACAUGCCUGGCGAACUAUCCAAUGUCAAUCCACAGGUUGUACUGACAAGUCUUCAAGUGUCAAAAGAUGUUAUGAUCCAGUGAUAUGUGCUGAUGUAGCAGACACUUCUCCUCCCAUUUUCCUUUGUCGGAAAUGUGCGGAGCAAGUGACUGGAGAGCGGAAAGUGGUCACUCAACACAUCGCCCAACCGAUGCCAGCUUCCAACGCCACGUGUCAACGAGUGGAAUGUCAGUCUCAGUCUCGACUAGCAGUUACGAUAUGUUGCUCGCACGAAUGUACAAGAGGGCAUAAUCACGUUCCGAUGAGAUUAUGUAUGGAUUGUAGUACGUUGGUACACGAGGAAGGGACGAUAAAACAUCUGCAACAUCAAGGGAGUGGAGUUGUGUGGUCAACUGAUGACCAAUGGCCAACGGUUGAGAGUAUUGUGAAGUUGUUGAGGGAGACGACGAUGUUCGAGGGGAAUGAAGGAGAGGGGAAGAAACCGAAAUGGUUGAGACAGUUGGAUGGUGGAACUUCAAUGGGGAAAGAGAUUGACAAGAUGGCUGACGAACGUCGAAUGCUCAGCCGAUUCGGUGUUUGGCUCAUGGCUGCCCUCUGCCCUCCGAAUGAAACUGCAGACCCCCGUGCCAUUGGAUAUAUAAUGCAGAACGUAUUCGAAUGGUUCGCCACAACAGCCCUUCUUCCCAGCGACUCGAUGGGUGCCUCGCUAGAACAACUGAAAACAGACUUUGUCUCCGAUUGGAUCAAUCUGGGAAUGCGUGUUCAUAACCCUGUGUUCAUCUCAAGUUUAUGCGGAGAGUGUGAAGAACAUGACGGGCGGCCUGUAAUAGAGCGAAUCAAGGAGGGUCUCGGACGUCUUCUGGCUCUGAUGCCUUACGACGUCAUCAGUCUGGAGACGUGGUCCCGUGUGAUGCCACGCUGGUUGGAAGCGAUUGUGAACGAUUGUACGGAGGAUAAUCAGCCAGAGUUGAAAGUGUUGUUAUGCAAGAUAUUCGAGCCAGAUUUGUGUCCAUUGCCAUUCGAAACAUCAGAAGUUUAUGGUUUUAUGACGGGAAGGAUUGGAGGAGACGAUUAUGAUGAGAUGUUUAAUGCAUUGCAAUGGUUACAUCAACUAUCUCGUUUGGACAUCACAAUACCACUUCACAUGAUUCUGGAGCAUUUCAAUCGGUGUCUUCAAAAACUGCGAACCAUCGAAAUCCCGCCCCUUUCUGAGAAUGAUCUGGAAGAGGAGGAGAUGUCGGUUCAUGUGGUUCUAGUGGACACCUUGGUUCUUCAGAUGAAACUAAACGACGCGGAGAGAUCGAUGACACCAGUUUUAACAGACAAACUUUUUGAAUGUAUGCAGUUAUUGGUUUCCAUUCCGAUACGAGCGGUACCACAUUCAUGUCACGAUCCCGAGUUGGAUGGGUUUGCUGACUGUCAACAAUGUCAGCAAACCGCAUUCGUCCAGCAAAUGGUAAUGAACAUCACACAGAAAGUGUGUCCGAAGCGAGAGGUGGCAAUUAUUACCACCGUCGACGAAGACGCCAUCUACGACGAGCAAACUUCUGACACCCCGACAGGCCCGGGAAGUACCAUGCUCUCCCCGCUAACAGAAUCUGGGAGCAAAGGGACAUCUCCUGGAACAUCAGCCCCAUCACGCCCGUUUCCAGACAACCUCCAAACUCAAACUAUGUGUGUAGCACAGGCUUGUGAACAAGAGGAAGAAGUUGAGGAGUGCGAAUUUGUUGGAAUUCUACCGUGCGAGGAGAUGGAGGUGGCUAUGGCUGAAGCGGUCACUCAUGAUAACGUGUUGGAGACUGGACAAGUUGUGACAAGUACAACAGUUCAUCCCAGUAUAAAAGGACAAAUUGUGCAAACUCCGCAGACACCUGUACAGAAACAACCUCCAUCUGAUUUCUGGGUGACCAGUGUUGGAAGAUUCCGGUUUAGUUUCGAGCAGCUCCCGGCGCAACUCAAAAUGAUCCACUCGUUACUUUCAUGUCUUGACGUGGCAGUCGAACCAGAUGUUGAGUUUUUUGUAAUGUCAUCUAUCAAAUAUCUCUGCCUACAUUGUGAAGCGCUGAGCAAUGCUAGAAGAGAACAUCGAGGGUUUCUGAUAUGGACACAAGAGAAUCAGAUGGUACCGAAACUAUGGGAGAGAUUGCGAUCGGACUACAUUCAAGUGGGAGAACUAGCAACUCACCUGCUACUUCAUGCAAUGACACUGCCGUGCGGAGAAGAAAUGUUCUGGAAAAUGGUGCAUCGAGAUUUCACGUCUCCGCAAUGGAACGUGAGAUUUGAUGCUGUUGGGAAGGCGUAUGUGUUGGCUCAAAUGAUAAAAACGGCACCGGUGAAAGCGAAUAAAGUGGUACAGACGUGUUUGGCGUCUGUAUUCUAUCAUUUUAUUGCUUCGCUACACGAUCCGAAUCCAUCAGUUGCACAAAGGGCAAUCAUUGCUUUGAGGGCUAUGCCAAGUCAUACUUUGAAGCUAAUGUGCAUGUGCUUCGAGUCUCAAUUCGACCAUUGCAUUGUGGACCGCCCGUUGAUCAUCCAUGCAAUUACAAUGAUGUCAAUCCUUCUCCCAGAUCAAACAACUCUGACUUUUGACUUUUUCAUUCAAAGAUUCGAGACCCUUGUGUUGGAAAGUCAAUUGAGUAGUCAGACGGAGGAAAACAUUUUUGUGCAAGACCUAAUGCACACUGACCCAAUGUCCGAACUCUACCAAAGAAAAGUUUCCAAAGCUCGGACUGCUAUCGAAAACGCCGGAACAUCAAGGUCAAUAGUCCGUCACUUGAAACAGUACGACGGGAUGAAACAUCAGUUGGCACACCUUCCAUCGGAUCCAGAUAUCCAUUUAUCGACUCGUGUUGCUCGUUGGCGUCGUCGUGGACGUCUCUCAGAGGCCGCUCUCUCGGCACGCGUCAAAAUUCUGAAGGUUGUGACGAUGGUUCGUGUGGUCAAUCGAUGGAGAGAGAUGGCGGCUGACGUGGCUCUUGGAGCAGCGUCGCUCGUCUCUAUGAUGACGUCCGGUGGUGUUGCGGCUGCUGGAGGACUGAUGUCAGCAAAUGUGGCUGUGAACGACGACGUCUCAUCGCCAAACUCUUCUGUCACCGCCAAUUACGGGCAUGGAGGUUACGGUAGACUCCGUGAGUUCACCGACGAAGAAAGCAACAUGUGUCUUCUAUUCAAUCGAGUCGUCGAUAUGGAGAAUCCAGAGAGACAUACCGUAUACCUAGUCGUCUCUCUUUUUGUCACCUUCCUCUCGAAUAAGAACUCAACACCGACUGAUGAGAAAGCGAAUGCUAAGAAGCAAUCUCUGGUAUUCCGACAUUUCAAUACACUGCUAGGAUACAGUAGUACAGAGAAAUGUUUUACGAUACCACCAGCUAGAUUACGAAAAGCAGCAGUGUGCAAUGCUUUCAUCAGUGGACUACCAGAGAUUUUGGAUAUGAACUUGCAUACUGGAAAUCAACUCCUCCCAACUGUUGUUCAACUUCUUAUCCAUCUCCCAAGCCCCCAAAAACUGGCAUCCGAUCAAAAUGUUACAAACUACUCGUUGGCACUUUUGACACAGCAUACAAGGCAUUUAUGGUUGCAUUCAUUGAUUUUGAUACUUUACAAAUAUCGAUUCGAUCAGUUACCAGUCAGUGAGAACAUCGUCAGGCUGAUUGGGAUAGUUGUCAAAACUUUGCAAAACCAAGUCCACGAAUGCUCGGACUCCGAUCAAUCCCAGGAAAUCGACACCUGGGAUGAGAUAGAAGAAGAUGAUGGAGGAAGAGCGGAGCUUAUCCGCCCAGAAAGUCUUACUGUAACAACAAUCAAAGAGGCAACACCAGCAGCCGAAGGUAUGAUUCAUAUCGGAGCAGUUCGUGUCAUGCAACCAACUAUUGUGGAGCCAGAGGGGUUGGCUCCGGAGCCAAUUAUAUCUAGGAAACGAAGCACGAUUAAUCAGGAGGUGAAACGGAAGAAGAGUGCGAUUGAAGUUGUCAAGAAGAGUUGCACUCUUCGAUGUGGCCAUUGUAACGAAGCCAUCGAGAUGUUCGACGAGGAAACUGUUUCAUUGUGUCUCAUCGCUUUGGAGACAUUUCUUCAUCGAGAACCUUCGAUGGCGGCUCCAAUUCUAUUCAAGAUUUUGUAUACAGUAACAAGGUUAAUCGACACUCCAAUGUACCCAUGGCACUCCACUGAAAUGUUCGUUCCCGCCAAUUCACGUUCAGUUGCCAAACAAAUGCUCCGUGUCUCUCUCCAUCAUCUCUCAACAUCUGCAAUUUGCCUCCAACUCUUUGAUACAAAAAUACCAAGACCCGAUGCCUUCUGGUCGGUCAUCGCUCUAUCUCUGGCAGACUUUCCAGAACUUUCUCCUGUCUAUUUCAUCCAGAUCUUGAUGGAAGAUCUAGAAGAAAGUUGGCCAGGAUCUGUGAGGCUUAUCAUGAAGAAUUUGGCAUUCUACAUUGUGGAAAUAUCCACUGAUAUGUAUAAUAAACAAUGGGAAAACUUACUGGCUAAUAUGGAGACGUUCUUCAAAAGAUAUCAUACUGCGAUCUCUGCCGACAACGCCACUCCACCAACACGUGCUGAAAUAGAAAACGUGAUUGUGGUGAUGAGUCACGUACUGAAAGUGCAAGCGGCGUCUACCAGCAAAUCACCAGUCGCUCUGGUGGAAGCAUUCUCAAAAUGGCUCUCUGAAUCUCUUCAUGGUGCAGAAGUUUCCCUAGAAUCACUUCUAGGAGUCUGUACAGCUUGCAAUAGGGCUCUCAUUAGGGAACGAGACAAACAAUGUGUGACCCGAGCCGUUGUCACUGAACUAAUGCAAGCCAUCAAAUUCAAAGCCAAACUCCAUGAAGCCAACUAUGUCACAAUUGCCAACAUGGUACUGCAAGAUGCUGGAGAGGAUAUCGAAGUACCUCUGCUAGAUGAUCAAUUCAACACAGCUGCUUCUGAAGCCAUUCGACCGUUUCUGUUUGAAGUUCUGGACUUUAUCGCCGAUCUUCAUGUGAUUGCAAAACUAAAGAAAGAAACAAAUUCAGAUGCUCUCGGUGGAGAUUUGAAAGUCAAAUUAGCAGAGGCUAUAGCCGUCGAAAUGUCUCGUUCCAACGCUCGUGACUGCCGUACCGUCAUCCGUUUCAUCCCAUGGCUAAUGUCGCCUCCAUCUGUUACACAAGCUGCUCCAGGAGCAUUCGCUGAUAGUGUUACAAAUGUCCGCGUGCUCUCCUGGCUGCUACUCGGAGCUCUCCACGCCAAUCACUCCUGCCUUCCAGUCCCAAUUGAAUGCUCUCAACAUAUGGCUGAUUACAUUCACUUUGUACUUGCUGGGUUUGCUGACCAAUCUAAGCAAUCCGUGGUACAUAUGUCCGCCUUGUUCCAUGCAUUCCAUCUAUGCCAACUGUGGACUGUAUACUGUGAGAGAGCAGCUACGUAUAGCUCUACAACAGCAUUCGCUCAUUUGGUGGAUUUCUGGGCCAGGGUGACCCCAGCGAUUCUGCAGUUGUUAAGUCAUUCGAAAGUGCUUGCCGACAUGGUCAACCUGCACUUCCUCAACACAAUUCAAGCACUCCAACAAGUCAAUUCAGCCCUUCUCUGUCAACUUUACUCGAUGUGGGCACCAAUUCUCACCGCCUAUCACUCGCAAAUCCCCAAUCAAUUAAGAAUGAAACUCGACUCUUGCCAAAACCAGCCCUCCCUGGAAGCGCCGUUGGUGACGGAGUGGCUGAAGAAAGUGAGAUACAAGAUAUCGCAGGUCGAACUGCAAACCUCUGCUGCCUCGCCCUACUACACUGUCUAA